AUGUUCCAGUUUUCAGCUGUGAGGCUUUUACUCCACCAAAGACCUCGCGAUCUGACACUUUCAGACCAAGGGAGGGGCACAAAUCUUCUCCCUCCAAUCGAGGCAUGCAGCUCGUCAAUCUCUACUCUGGAUCUGGCUUUUGCGUUCGUCCAACGCUGUCUUUCCACCCACGAUGAAUGCGUAUCUUUGGGGUCGUCAACGUCGAAAUGGCUACCUACUCGACUUGUCGACAUAGGGUUUGAGGGCGACCACCAAUGGAGGCUGAUUGAAACUGCAGAAGAAACGACAGACACGGCCCAAUCGUACAUGACUCUACGCUAUCGUUGGAGCCUUCACCCUCAGCUUCUUCUUCUAUCAUCUAACUUGGAGUCUUUCCAGUUUGGAAAUCCUAUUGAACAGCUACCUUUGACAUUUCGAGACGCCGUCGUCGUUGCUCGCCACUUCGGAGUCCGAUAUCUUUGGAUCGAUUGUUUAUGUAUUAUUCAAAAUUCAGACACCGACUGGGAAGCGGAAGCUCCCAUGAUGCGGGACGUUUACGCCAAUUCAUUGUGCAAUAUCGCUGCGUCCGCUUCGAGGGAUCCCGAUGGCGGGCUUUUUCGCGAGCGAGACCCCAAGAAAAUCCGCCCUUGGACGGUGAAAUCAACUCUCUCAAGCGGGUCAAUGGAAAAGCACUUCAUGCUUUCAUGCGGUUACUGGGAAACACAGCUCAUGCACGGCGGUCUUCAUGAGCGUGGCUGGGUUUUUCAAGAGUGUUUUCUCGCCCCGCGCGUACUAUACUUCGCAAAAACCCAGGUUCUGUGGGAAUGCAGCGAGACCCACGGAUGUGAGGCAUUUCCUGAAGGAAUACCGGAUUUUGAGCCACGGAAAGACGGCAUUUCUGGGCCUAGUGCGUCAAUCGCAACAUGGUUGUCUUUGGCUGAAGAGUUUUCACGUUGCGAACUCACGCACCCUGAAGACCGUCUGUAUGCAUUCGCCGGCAUAGCAAAGCUUUUUCAGGAGACAACCGGUUAUCAUUAUCUUGCCGGUGUAUGGAAGGAGGGAUUGCUGUAUCAACUUGCUUGGUUUGUGCAAUGCCCUGUCCCGAGAGUUUCCAAGCGAUACAGGGCGCCAUCAUGGUCUUGGGCAUCCAUUGAUGGUGAGACGAGAUUCACAUCCUCUACAUCUGAGACGGUUCAGUUCUUCGCUAGGAUCAUUGAUGUGCAUGUCACAACAAAAGAUCCUGAAUCUAUGGUUGAUGUCUUCGAUGGAUUUAUCAAACUCAGCUGCCCCUUUUUCACCGCCUCUUACUCUCGGGCCAGCAAGAGGGAACCACUCUGCCUUGAGAUCAGGCAACGUCAUGCUCGGUUUCUACUAAGACCCAUUUGGAGACCAAACACACAGGACGAGCAAAGUCUCAUAGGGGAAGGGACGAUUGACUUUUUUCUUUUUAGCCAGGCCUACAGAUUUGGAACCCGAUGCGACAUUGAAUGCAUCGUGGUAGAACGUGCCACUGCGAAAGGCUUGUGCAAGAGGAUCGGAAUAUUUGGACUAGAUAACGAAUAUAUUAGUGACGUAGAGGUCAUCAUGGCGCUGGGCAAGAUGGAGCACAAAAUCAUCACCCUCAUUUAA